AUGUCCGCAAUCGUGUCUUCCCGUGACCCCAAUGCCGAAUACCUGCUCAUCGGCGCAUACAUUCGCUACUCCAGCUGGACCGCCCGCAUUGUGGCCAUUCUCGAGCACUUCAAGAUCCCGUACCGCUUCUCGCAAUAUAACAAGGCCGACCCCAAUGGCCUCCAAACUAUCCACUCCCAACCCGCUCGCCUCGUCCCCACACUCACCGUUCCCUCACUCGGUCCCAACCCAAUCCACGACUCCCUCGCAAUAACCGAGUUCCUCGCCGAAUCACACCCCACCCUCCCGCUCUGGCCCGCCUCCCGCCGCCUCCGCGCCCUCGCCCGCAGUCUUGUGGCAGAGUUCCACUCCGGCUUCGGCAACCUGCGUAACAACUACCACACAAACUACGUCGCGCGCUACGUUGGAGACGUGCCGAUGAUCCCUGGUGCGGUCAAGGAGGUCGCGCGCUUCCUGGAGUGCGUGGAUCUAGCGCGGAGGGAGACGCUGGAAGUGGAGGUUGAGGGGCCGUAUUUGUUUGGGAGCUUUGGGGCCGCGGAUGCGUUUUAUUGGCCAGUGCUUUGGAGGUUACGUACGUACGGCUUUGAUCUGAGCGCUGCGUCGCCGUUGGCGAGGGAGUGGAUUGUGACCAUGUGGAAGGACCCGGUGUUGGUGGAGUUGGGGAGACAGAUGUUUGUUGAUGCGGAGAACCCGGAGACGAGGGUGCCAGAGUAUGAGGGUAUUUUUCCGGGGAAGGCGGAGAUGGUGAGAUUUGAUGAUGGAGUGGCGUAUGUUCCGAGCUUCGAGUGA